AUGGCACUUAAUAUCGACCCAUCCGAAGUUACUUUUCCCGCCGCUGGCGGAACUGUAACUGUUAAUAUUAUCAACCAGACGGAGAGUCGUUUAGGUUUUAAAGUAAAAUCAACAAACAAUGAACAUUAUCGUGUCACGCCGGUAUAUGGAUUUGUUACCAAAGGUAACAAAACUGAAUUAACAAUAAUGCGCUUGCAAGGACCACCUAAGGAAGAUAAAUUUGUGGUGCAAUGGGCUGAGGUACCGGAUGAAGAAGAUGAUCCUCAAGCACCUUUUAAAGCUGGAGCUCAAGCUGGUGAAGUGAUUUUACCCGUAAAAGCUGAAUAA